AUGCGAGGUGUGCCCGAGCCGCUAGUUAAGUGGAUCGACAGCAUGCUUCGCGAAAGGGCCCUUGAAGCGAAGUAUGGUGAGGCUAAGAAGGGCGAUAGGGUCAUCGUCAACUGGCUCUAUCAAAUGAUCUUAAAACCCAGGUUUCUUCACGCGGUGGUUGAUUGGUGGUCUAGGACUCAACUGAUAACGGUUAAAGAGAAACUGGACCAACUGCAAGCAAUGAUUUUCAGGGGUAUUACGGGAGCUAUGAGAACCACGCCAACAGCUGCGUUGGGAUUCAUGCUAGCCAAAGUACCUCUGCAUAUUGCCGCGGUGAAAAAGGCGGCUCUUACUAUGAGCAGGUUAACCGCGCAGGGAAUGUGGAAGGUUGGUGGUAUACACACCAAGUUUCCACGCUCAAUUCUAUCAAUACCAGAAUUAAGUAUGGUGCAAGAUAGAAUGAUCAAGAGGGUGAAAUUUAAACCCAGCUUUAAGAUCAUUACACCUUCCAGAAUGGACUGGAAGAAAGGUUUUCCACUUGGGGACGAUGUCUGGUAUACAGACGGGUCCAAAAUGGACUGCGGUGCAGGCUUCGGAAUCUAUCGAAAAACUGGCUGCAUUAAAGUGGCUGAGUCACUAGGACAAUAUGCCACAGUCUGGCAGACAGAGGACAAGAGGAUUAGUAUUUGUGUGGAUAGUCAGGCGGCCUUGUGGGCUUUGAAAAAUCACACAAUAGAAUCAAAACUCGUCUGGGAAUGCCGCAGCGUACUAGAUGAGUUGGGUUCAGCAAAUAAACUUUCAUUGAUUUGGGUACCGGGUCACUUGGGAAUCAAGGGUAAUGAAAGAGUAGACGUCUUGGCGAAAAUCGGUUUCGAGACGGAAUUUAUAGGUCCUGAACCAGCAGUGGCAAUAAUGCCGUGCUUGGUCAUGGACUAUUGA